ACCAGAAGGUAGUUCCACAGGAACGGGGCUGCGUCUUUAAAGCAGAGGGGUGCACUGCAGCCUGAGGGCACGAGCCGCAGUCACAGUAAUCUUGGGAGGCAGCUCUCCACCCCCACCAGCCCCUCCCUGCUGUCAGGAGAGGAUUAGCAGAGAGGCCAGUGGAUUAAAGGGGUUCACGUUGCCACAGCCUUCCCCUCAGUCCCUCUCCCUGACGCCUGCUUGCUAGGUGGGGCGACUCUUCUGUGAGCUGCAGCUGUAGGGCAGAGAGAAGCCCUCCCCACCCACCACUGAGAGGCUGGGGACCCCAGGCUCACCAGGACCCAGAAGGCAAAGGCUUGGGGCAUCUCUGGGGUCUGGAAGGCAGUCAGACAGACCUCAUGGUUGGUGGCUGCUCUGUCCUCCUUCCCCUCCCCGACCCCAGCAGGGCCAUCAUGCCUGCACCCCCCAGCUUCUACACAAACCCCAGCUCCACUGGCUGCUGGAUUCCCCACCAGCCAAGGCUGGUGGCCUGGGCCUUCAUGCGGAAGACCUCGGCCCUCCUGUGGCUGCUGCUCUUGGGCACCUCCCUGUCCCCCACGUGGGGGCAGGCCAAGAUUCCUCUGGAAACAGUGAAGCUGUGGGCUGACACCUUUGGCGGGGACCUGUAUAACACUGUGACCAAAUACUCGGGCUCCCUCUUGCUGCAGAAGAAGUACAAGGAUGUGGAGCCCAGUCUGAAGAUCGAGGAGGUGGACGGCUUGGAGCUGGUGAGGAAGUUCUCAGAGGACAUGGAGACCAUGCUGCGGAGAAAAGUCGAGGCCGUCCAGAAUCUGGUGGAGGCUGCCGAGGAGGCCGAUCUGAACCACGAAUUCAACGAAUCUCUGGUGUUCGACUACUACAACUCGGUCCUGAUCAACGAGAGGGAUGAGAACGGAAACUUCGUGGAGCUGGGCGCCGAGUUCCUCCUGGAGUCCAACGCGCACUUCAGCAACCUGCCGGUGAACACCUCCAUCAGCAGCGUGCAGCUGCCCACCAACGUGUACAACAAAGACCCCGAUAUUUUAAAUGGAGUCUACAUGUCUGAAGCCUUGAAUGCUGUCUUUGUGGAGAACUUCCAGAGAGAUCCGACGUUGACCUGGCAAUAUUUUGGCAGUGCGACUGGAUUCUUCAGGAUCUAUCCAGGUAUAAAAUGGACACCUGAUGAGAAUGGGGUCGUUACCUUCGACUGCCGAAACCGUGGCUGGUACAUUCAAGCUGCUACUUCUCCCAAGGACAUAGUGAUUUUGGUGGACGUGAGUGGCAGCAUGAAGGGGCUGAGAAUGACUAUUGCCAAGCAUACCAUCACCACCAUCCUGGACACCCUGGGGGAGAAUGACUUUGUUAAUAUCAUUGCGUACAAUGACUACGUCCAUUACAUCGAGCCUUGCUUUAAAGGGAUCCUCGUCCAGGCAGACCGAGACAAUCGCGAGCAUUUCAAACUGCUGGUGGAGGAGCUGAUGGUCAAAGGUGUGGGGAUCGUGGACCAAGCCCUGAGAGAAGCCUUCGAGAUCCUGAAGAAGUUCCAAGAGGCCAAGCAAGGAAGCCUCUGCAACCAGGCCAUCAUGCUCAUCAGUGAUGGUGCCGUGGAGGACUACCAGCCUGUGUUUGAGAAGUAUAACUGGCCAGAUUGCAAGGUCCGAGUUUUCACUUACCUCAUUGGGAGAGAAGUGUCUUUUGCUGACGACAUGAAGUGGAUCGCAUGCAACAACAAAGGCUACUACACGCAGAUCUCAACGCUGGCGGACACCCAGGAGAAUGUGAUGGAAUACCUGCAUGUGCUCAGCCGCCCCAUGGUCAUCAACCACGACCACGACAUCAUCUGGACAGAGGCCUACAUGGACAGCAAGCUCCUCAGCUUGCAGACUCAGAGCCUGAUGCUCCUCACCACUGUGGCCAUGCCAGUUUUCAGCAAGAAAAAUGAAACGCGAUCCCAUGGCAUUCUCCUGGGUGUGGUGGGCUCCGAUGUGGCCCUGAGAGAGCUGAUGAAGCUGGCGCCCCGGUACAGGCUUGGAGUGCAUGGAUAUGCCUUUCUGAACACCAACAAUGGCUACAUCCUGUCCCAUCCCGACCUCCGACCCCUGUACAGAGAGGGAAAGAAACUAAAACCCAAACCUAACUACAACAGCGUGGAUCUCUCCGAAGUGGAGUGGGAAGACCAGGCUGAAUCUCUGAGAACCGCCAUGAUCAACAGGGAAACAGGUUCUUUCUCGAUGGAUGUGAAGGUUCCGCUGGAUAAAGGGAAGCGAGUUCUUUUCCUGACCAAUGACUACUUCUUCACGGACAUCAGCGACACCCCUUUCAGAGAUGGAGCCUCGCUGUGUUGCCCAGCUGGCCAGACCAAUUUAAUCAGAAUUUCUGGGGGUAGAGCCCAUGCACCCGCGUCUUUUAAAACUCCCCAAGAAAGUCAGAUAUUCAGCCAAGGCUCAAAACCAAUGUUCAGUCAAGGAGAGGAAGGCACGGCGGGACUCACCAGUUUAGGGGUGGUGCUGUCCCGGGGCCACGGAGAAUACAUCCUUCUGGGGAACACGUCUGUGGAAGAAGGACUGCAUGACUUGCUUCACCCGGACCUGGCCCUGGCCAGUGACUGGAUCUACUGCAUCACGGAUAUUGACCCGGACCACCGGAAGCUCAGCCAACUAGAGGCCAUGGUCCGCUUCCUCACAAGGGAGGAUCCAGACCUGGAGUGUGACGAGGAGCUGGUCCGGGAGGUGCUGUUUGAUGCGGUGGUGACAGCUCCCAUGGAAGCCUACUGGACAGCGCUGGCCCUCAACAUCUCCGAAGAGUCCGAGCAGGUGGUGGACAUGGCCUUCCUGGGCACCCGGGCUGGUCUCCUGAGAAGCAGCUUGUUCGUGGGCUCCGAGAAGGUCUCCGACAGGAAGUUCCUGACGCCUGAAGACGAGGCUAGCGUGUUCACCCUGGACCGCUUCCCGCUGUGGUACCGCCAGGCCUCGGAGCACCCUGCUGGCAGCUUCGUCUUCAACCUCCGCUGGGCGGAAGGACCAGAAAGUGCGAGUGAGCCCAUGGUGGUGACAGCAAGCACAGCUGUGGCAGUGACCGUGGACAAGAAGACAGCCAUUGCUGCAGCGGUGGGCGUCCAAAUGAAGCUGGAAUUCCUCCAGCGCAAAUUCUGGGUGGCAACGCGGCAGUGCAGCACUGGGGAUAUGCCGUGCACACAGAGCUGCGAGGACAGUGAUCUGGACUGCUUCGUGGUCGACAACAACGGGUUCAUUCUGAUCUCCGAGAGGUCCCAAGAGAUGGGAAGAUUUCUUGGGGAGGUGGAUGGUGCUGUCAUGACCCAGCUGCUCAGCAUGGGGGUGUUCAGCCAAGUGACCAUGUAUGACUACCAGGCCAUGUGCAAACCCUCAAGUCACCACAACAGUGCAGCGCAGCCCCUGGUCAGCCCAAUUUCUGCCUUCUUGACGGCGACCAGGUGGCUGCUGCAGGAGCUAAUGCUGUUCCUGCUGGAGUGGAGCGUCUGGGGCUCCUGGUAUGACAGAGGGGCCGAGGCCAAAAGUGUCUUCCAUCACUCACACAAACAGAAGAAGCAGGACCAGCUGCAGCCCUGCGACACGGAGUACCCCGUGUUCGUGUACCAGCCGGCCAUCCGUGAGGCCAAUGGGAUCAUCGAGUGCGGGGCCUGCCAGAAGGUAUUUGUGGUGCAACAGAUUCCCAACAGUAACCUCCUCCUCCUGGUCACAGACCCCACCUGUGACUGCAGCAUCUUCCCGCCAGUGCUUCAGGAGGCGACAGAAGUCAAAUAUAAUGCCUCUGUCAAAUGUGACCGGAUGCGCUCUCAGAAGGUCCGCCGGCGACCAGACUCCUGCCACGCCUUCCAUCCAGAGGAGAAUGCCCAGGACUGCGGCGGUGCCUCAGACACCUCAGCCUCGCUGCCCCUACUCCUGAUGCCUCUGUGUGCCUGGGGGCUACUGCCCCAACUCCUGAGGUGACACCACCCAGCCUGACCUGUGUUUUGGCAAAGCGAUCCCUCCAGAACCAUCCCAAAAGCCAGCACGGACAUGGGAUGCAACUAACUGCAGUUGGGUCACCCCCAGACCAAUGCUCCUCUCAAUCCUGGCUCCUGCCUCCGGAGAAUGCUGGAUGGAACAAGAAACCAGUCACCUGGCGCCACCUGCAAGAUGCUCAAUGGUGCCCAAUACCAUCCGCCCAGGUCUCAAAAGGAGCAUCCUUCUAACCUUCCUGUAUCCUCUGGGGAAGCCAACAUGAGCUCAGCUUGGACCAAGACAAAAUAAUUUAGUUCCUCCUAUAUGCCAGAGUCCAGACCCAGCCAAAAAAGGGUCAGAUGCUUCUGAGUGGUCUCCAGUAGAACCCAAGGACUUCCGAGCACUGAGAAAAAGCAGCAGAAUGAGGCCAAUUGCAGAGAUGAGGCUAAAGCAAGAACAUGCCCCAACUAAAGCAUAGAUUCCCCAAAGGAGGCUCAAGGUGGAAGGCAAGGCAGCUCACUUUACUAGCUGCUGCUCAAAAAAGUUUUGACUGUGUUGGGGUGGAGGGGUGGAGGUUGGGUAAGGGAAUGGUAAAGACGAGAAAGAUAUGAAAUCCUUUUAGGAAAUAUCGACAGGGCUGCAUCUGAUGUUUUGGGAAGUUGUUAUUGAAGAACUUCCCAAAACUUCUUUACAAAGCCCUAACUUAAAGGAAAGUUUGCAUCUAUGACAAGGCAGUAGGGAUAUCAACUGCUGCAUGGAAAUUGAUGUGCAUUCAGGGGACGGCAAAAACAGCUGUAACAUAGUGAAGAAGAGCAGUCCUUGUAUUCUUUUUCUGGCCACUGAUUUACAAAAGAAUCCACUUGACUCUGUCCCUGGGGUGAAAUCCUUAGGAUUGGAACUUGUGGGAACAUUCCAAUUUGCUAAGCAGGGUCCACUGGGAGGGAAGCUGUAUCUGGGAACUCACCCCCAGCGCACACACAUCUCCCCCAGGGUCCCAAGGCCCUGCAGCUUCCUCCCCCCUCCAAACCCCAGGACCUGGAUCCCAGGAGAUGACAGUCUCCACAGUGAGGGCAACAUUAAGGGCAAAACCAUGGGGAAAUUCAGGAGAAGCCUCAAAUCCUUCCGUUUAACCAACCCCAGUGAUGAGCUUGGAUAGUAUGUGGGGCUUUGGGGGCCCUUCCUGCUGCUCCUCCAUCACCCUCAGUCUCCACACUUUAAAGUACAAGCUGUUCAAGUCUCCUACCAGCAAAUAGCCCUAACUUCCCUCUAGAGCAGGCCAACGCUGUAAAACACACAUUAUAGAUUACAGGAUGUCACUCUUAUCGUCCUGUCUUGCAACAACCCCGUGAGGGCAGAAUUAAUGCCCCCUUACAGCAGAAGACAUUGCAGCUCAGAGAAGCCAGUUUAAGUGGCAGGAUAAUGCUAGAACGCUAAGGUUUACAUGUACCAAAUAACAUGUUUCAGCUCAUUCCAUCCUCACAACAGCCCCCUGAAAGUGGGUACUAGCAUUAGUACCAUGUUAUAGAAACUGCAGGAGAGUUGAAAAUUGCCUCGAAAUUAUUGGAAGAGUAUGGUGAAGAUUGAAUGUGAUAUAUUCAUGUAACAUGCUUGAAACUGCCUGGCAUAUAGUAAACGCUAAAUAAAUACAUGCUAACUGCUAUCAUUA